AUCAAUGUAAAAAGGUAAUGAGGUAUUUUACACAUUUCUUCUUACUAAGUCUUUGAAAUACAAUUUGUAUUUUAUACUUGGCAGUACAUCUUAAUUUGGGCUACCUACAUUCAAGCACUCAAUAGCCACAUGUGGCCAGUGGCUAUCAGAUAACAUGGGUUUAAACACAUCAAAGUGGUUACUCUCGUGGGGGAGGGAGAGAUAUUUUUAUCUUUCCUCCAUAUUCUUUUGUAUUGUUCAAUUAAAAUGGUUUCAUGUAUUACUUAUUAAAAUAAAUAAUACCAGUCAAAAUUAUAUAGCAUAAUACUUUAUAUUUCAUUCCUUAAUAUUUUUAUUAAUCUUUUCUGGGUUUUAGUAUUGUAAACAUAGUGAUAACAAGAGAAAGUAAAAAAGAGCUUAUCAAAAUGUGAACCAUUAAGUAAUAAGACUACAAAAUGAUUCAACUGUAUAAACAUUUUCUGAGUAUGAGCUAUCUGUGAGGGGUUAGGCUAUACACUAUGGAAGACAAAAAGAAUGAGAUGUUGUCCUAAAAGAUUUUUAGAGACAGCUUUUGGAACUGUCUUUACAGCUUCCAUAUACCCUUCAGGUUGGAUUUGAUUUCUAGCAAUAGCCAAAAGCUCUCCAGUUAAGCCCAGUAAAUUUUUAUAGUUUUGUUUAAAAUGAACUGUGAAUGAAGAGUCCAAGGAAAGAUUUUAUUAUGUAACUUGCAAACUGGGAGCUCUAUAAAUUACUUCCAAAGACAUUUACUGUCUGCAGCAACAAUAAAUUAAGUGGAUAAUGCAAGACAACUGUGGAAAGAGGCUGCUUAAAAUGGAUACAUUCUGGUUUCCUUUAAAAAAAGUUAUUAUUCCAUAUUCACUUAGCCCUGUGUACCUUCCUAUUCCUUUUCCAUUUCCAACCAUCUUCUGCAGAUUGCCCAGCAUGCAAAGCUAGGAGCCAGAAGAUAUUCAUGAGCUUCAAAAUACUGUAUUAGCGAAUCAGAAGAUAGUUUACUAAAAACCAAUUACUAUUACUGCAUUUAUUUUUUACACUUAAUAGUUUGUUACCUCAUGCUUUGCUAAAAUAAAGGGUAAACAUUAAGUCUUUAUCGUGCCCAGGACUCAUCAGUGAUUUGUGGUUGCUCUUGUUGAAGUGAGCAAACACCCUGGUAGAGACAAAACUACUGACUACUAUGCUAGUGUAUCAAUGUAUUCUGAAAGAAAAGGCCAUCAAGAAAUAUUUUAAUUACCUAUAAUUUUUAGAAUAACUUGAGUCUGCUCUUUUUAAAAAGUGGGACUAAAAAUGCCAAGAGUAAAGAUAAGAGCAAAAGGAAAGCGAGGUUACGUUUCUCCUUUGAAAAAUUCCACAGCAUCGUCAUUUUAAGCUGCAAAUGACUUAAAUCUUAAUCUCUUCAUUUAAUGGAGCUGACUUGUGUGGUUUGAGUCUUAAGGACCAGAAGGAGGUCAGCUGAGGGACAAAUGGAGGGAGAGUGCCCUAGGCCCGAGUCCAGCACCUUCCAGUCUUUACAUCUCAGCAAAAGUAAGGUGUCACUUUGGUAUUGGUCAUAGCCUCUUCAACUCUUUCUCUCACCCCAGUGCUCGCGCACCCUUCGCACAUCUCUCGCCUCAGCGACCCAACACUCGCCAACUCCUCCCACACCUUGCAGGCUCCACUCCGGGGAGAGGCGCUCCCUCACACAGGUGUCUCUCCUCAGCCUCUGCCAUAAGUCUUUAGGGUCUCUCCUCACCGUCCUUCCUCUUCGAGGGUCUAUCAUCAAAUAUAUAUUUUUAAUUCUGGACGUCUCCCUCUGCCUUCAGAUCUUUUUUUCCCUGAAGCGCGCGCAGUCUUCAGUCUCCCCUCGGUCCCCUCCUUCAGUCUGAACUGGGUCUCAGAAAUCCUUUCUCUCAGAAAUCCUGUCCGCGAGGUCCCUUCAUCCUCCUCUCGGGGUCUUCGGAGUCCUCUCCCUUGGUCUUCCGGGCCCCUCAACCAGUCUGCGGGGUCCCCCACCCUUCAUCUGAGGAAUCCUCUUAAUCUGCAGAAUACCCUCCAGUCCCGCGUGCAUGCAAAGCGUACUUCUCAGAAGCCUAACCUCCGGAGCUCGCGCGCGCCUCCACGGCCUCGGGGGCGCGCACGCCGGGCGGAGGCGACACUAGGCCACGCUCGCAACAUGCGCAGUGACGUCAGUGCGCUGGCGGCGGCGGCGGCGGCGGCGGCGGCGGCGGCGGCAGGGCUGUUUGUUCUGCUCUCCCGCAGCCGAGGAGCCGAAGCAGUGGCUGCGACGGUGGCGGCUACCGGCGGUACUCGCCGGCGAGUGGGGCCUGUGAGCGCGGCGGAGCGGCGGGCGCGACAGGCGGGCUCCGACGCCGCAUAGCAGCCCAAGGAGGAGGUUGCGGCGGCCGGCGGGGGCGGCGUGCGGCCUAGCGUUUCAGAGUGCCUGGUGAAGAAUGUGAUGGGAUCAGUAGCAUGUCUGCGGAGAGCGGCCCUGGGACGAGAUUAAGAAAUCUGCCCGUAAUGGGGGAUGGACUAGAAACUACCCAGAUGUCUACAACACAGGCCCAGGCCCAACCUCAGCAAGCCAACACAGCCAGCACCAACCCUCCACCCCCGGAGACCUCCAAUCCCAACAAGCCCAAGAGGCAGACCAACCAACUGCAAUAUCUGCUCAAAGUGGUGCUCAAGACAUUAUGGAAACACCAGUUUGCGUGGCCUUUCCAGCAGCCUGUGGAUGCGGUCAAGUUAAACCUCCCUGAUUACUAUAAGAUCAUUAAAACACCUAUGGAUAUGGGAACGAUAAAGAAGCGCUUGGAAAACAACUAUUACUGGAAUGCUCAGGAAUGUAUCCAGGACUUCAACACUAUGUUUACAAAUUGUUAUAUCUACAAUAAGCCUGGAGAUGAUAUAGUCUUAAUGGCAGAAGCUCUGGAGAAGCUCUUCUUGCAAAAAAUAAACGAACUGCCCACAGAAGAAACGGAGAUCAUGAUAGUCCAGGCAAAAGGAAGAGGACGUGGGAGGAAAGAAACAGGGACAGCAAAACCUGGUGUCUCUACGGUACCGAACACGACACAAGCAUCAACUCCUCCGCAGACCCAGGCCUCUCAGCAGAACCCUCCGCCUGUGCAGGCCACACCUCACCCCUUCCCCACCGUCACCCCAGAUCUCAUUGUCCAGACCCCUGUCACAGUGGUGCCUCCCCAGCCACUGCAGACUCCCCCACUGGUGCCCCCCCAGCCCCCACCCCCCCCAGCCCCCCAGCCUGUGCAGAGCCAUCCUUCCAUCAUCGCAGCCACCCCACAGCCUGUGAAGACAAAGAAGGGUAUUAAGAGGAAAGCAGACACCACCACCCCCACUACCAUUGACCCCAUUCAUGAGCCACCUUUGCUGCCCUCGGAACCCAAGAACACCAAGUUGGGCCCCCGGCGAGAGAGCAGUCGACCUGUCAAGCCCCCAAAGAAGGAUGUGCCUGACUCACAGCAGCACCUGGCACCAGACAAGAGCAGCAAGGUUUCAGAGCAACUCAAGUGUUGCAGUGGCAUCCUCAAGGAGAUGUUUGCCAAGAAGCAUGCAGCCUAUGCUUGGCCUUUCUACAAGCCUGUGGAUGUGGAGGCUCUGGGACUUCACGACUACUGUGACAUCAUAAAGCAUCCCAUGGACAUGAGCACAAUCAAGUCUAAACUGGAGGCCCGUGAGUACCGCGAUGCUCAGGAAUUUGGUGCCGAUGUCCGAUUGAUGUUCUCUAAUUGCUACAAGUACAACCCUCCUGACCAUGAGGUGGUGGCUAUGGCCCGAAAGCUCCAGGAUGUGUUCGAGAUGCGCUUUGCCAAGAUGCCAGACGAGCCUGAGGAGCCCUUGGUGUCUGUGUCCUCCCCUGCGGUGCCACCCCCCACCAAGGUUGUGGCCCCACCCUCGUCCAGUGACAGCAGCAGUGAUAGCUCUUCAGACAGUGACAGCUCAACUGAUGACUCUGAGGAGGAGCGAGCACAGCGGCUGGCGGAGCUCCAAGAGCAGCUCAAAGCCGUGCACGAGCAGCUUGCAGCCCUCUCACAGCCCCAGCAGAACAAACCAAAGAAAAAAGAGAAAGAUAAGAAGGAAAAGAAAAAAGAAAAGCACAAAAAGAAAGAGGAAGUGGAAGAGAAUAAGAAAAGCAAAGCCAAGGAACUUCCUCCCAAAAAGACCAAGAAAAACAACAGCAGCAACAGUAACACAAGCAAGAAGGAGCCAGCACCUGUGAAGAGCAAGCCCCCUCCAGCAUAUGAGUCAGAGGAGGAGGACAAGUGCAAGCCUAUGUCCUAUGAGGAGAAGCGCCAGCUCAGUCUGGAUAUCAACAAGCUCCCGGGUGAGAAGCUGGGCCGAGUGGUGCAUAUCAUACAGUCAAGGGAGCCCUCGCUUAAGAACUCCAACCCUGACGAGAUUGAGAUUGACUUCGAGACACUGAAGCCAUCCACCCUGCGGGAACUGGAACGCUACGUCACCUCCUGUUUGCGAAAAAAACGGAAACCUCAAGCCGAGAAAGUGGAUGUGAUUGCUGGCUCCUCCAAGAUGAAGGGCUUCUCAUCCUCAGAGUCUGAGAGUACCAGCGAGUCCAGCUCUUCUGACAGUGAAGACUCCGAAACAGAGAUGGCUCCAAAGUCAAAAAAGAAGGGGCACCCCGGGAGAGAGCAGAAGAAGCACCAUCACCACCACCACCAGCAGCUGCAGCAGGCCCCGGGCCCUGGGCCCCAGCAGCCUCCACCACCUCCCCAGCAGCCCCCGCCACCCCCACAGCAGCAGCAGCAGCAGCAGCAGCAGCAGCUGCCCCCACCACCCCCACCCUCCAUGCCGCAGCAGGCUGCCCCCACGAUGAAGUCCUCGCCCCCGCCUUUCAUCGCUACCCAGGUGCCUGUCCUGGAGCCCCAGCUCCCAGGCAGUGUCUUCGACCCCAUCGGCCACUUCACCCAACCCAUCCUGCACCUGCCGCAGCCUGAGCUGCCCCCUCACCUCCCCCAGCCACCUGAGCACAGCACUCCGCCUCAUCUCAACCAGCACUCAGUGGUCUCUCCUCCAGCUUUGCACAAUGCGCUGCCCCAGCAGCCAUCGAGGCCCAGCAACCGAGCCGCUGCCCUGCCCCCCAAGCCUACCCGCCCCCCUGCUGUGUCACCUGCUCUGCCCCAGCCGCCCCUUCUCCCGCAGCCCCCCAUGGCCCAGCCACCCCAAGUGCUGCUGCAGGAGGAGGAGGAGCCGCCUAACCCACCCCUCACCUCCAUGCAGAUGCAGCUCUACCUGCAGCAGCUACAGAAGGUGCAGCCCCCCACACCUCUACUCCCUUCUGUGAAGGUGCAGUCCCAGCCCCCACCUCCCUUGCCGCCCCCUCCUCACCCCUCUGUGCAGCAGCAGCUACAGCAACCACCACCACCUCCACCACCCCCUCAGACACAGACCCAGCCCCAGCACCAGCCGCCCCCCCGGCCUGUGCACAUGCAACCCAUGCAAUUCCCUACCCACAUUCAGCAGCCCCCGCCACCCCCAGGCCCACAGCCCCCCCACCCGCCUCCCAGCCAGCAGCCACCCCCACCACAGCCCGCCAAGCCUCAGCAAGUCAUCCAGCAUCACCCUUCACCCAGGCACCACAAGUCGGACCCCUAUUCAACCAGUCACCUCCGUGAAGCUCCCUCCCCGCUUAUGAUACAUUCCCCCCAGAUGCAACAGUUCCAGAACCUGACCCAUCAAUCACCACCCCAGCAAAGCGUCCAGCCGAAGAAGCAGGUAAAGAGCAGGGCUGGGCCUCGGCCCUCAGGGCCAGGCACGGGCCAAGGCCAAGGCUGCCUGCCCGCCUCACCGGCCGCCGUGCCUGUGCCGUCCCAGGAGCUGCGCGCGGCCUCCGUGGUCCAGUCCCAGCCCCAGCCCCUGGUGGUGGUGAAGGAGGAGAAGAUCCACUCACCCAUCAUCCGCAGCGAGCCCUUCAGCCCCUCGCUGCGGCCGGAGCCCCCCAAGCACCCGGAGAGCAUCAAGGCCCCCGUCCACCUGCCCCAGCGGCCCGAGAUGAAGCCUGUGGAUGUCGGGAGGCCUGUGAUUCGGCCCCCUGAGCAGAAUGCACCCCCACCAGGGGCUUCUGAAAAGGACAAACAGAAACAGGAGCCGAAGACACCAGUUGCACCUAAAAAGGACCUCAAAAUCAAGAACAUGGGCUCCUGGGCUAGCCUGGUGCAGAAGCACCCUACCACCCCAUCCUCCACAGCCAAGUCAUCGAGCGACAGCUUUGAGCAGUUCCGCCGUGCCGCCCGGGAGAAAGAGGAACGCGAGAAGGCCCUUAAGGCUCAGGCCGAGCAUGCAGAGAAGGAGAAGGAGCGACUUCGGCAGGAGCGCAUGAGGAGCCGAGAGGAUGAGGAUGCACUGGAACAGGCCCGGCGAGUCCAUGAGGAGGCACGACGGCGUCAGGAACAGCAGCAGCAGCAGAGGCAGGAGCAGCAGCAGCAACAGCAACAGCAGCAACAGGCAGCUGCAGUGGCCGCAGCUGCCGCCGCCCCCCAAGCCCAGAGCUCCCAGCCCCAGUCCAUGCUGGACCAGCAGCGGGAGCUGGCCCGAAAGCGGGAGCAGGAGCGAAGGCGCCGGGAAGCGAUGGCAGCUACCAUUGACAUGAAUUUCCAGAGUGACCUAUUGUCAAUAUUUGAAGAAAAUCUUUUCUGAGAGCACCUAGGUGACUUCUGACUUUGAUUUUCUUGCAAAAAGUUGACUCUCCAUAGUGUUAGGGGCAGCAGCAGGGGCGGUAGCAGCGGCCAGGGCCUGUCUCCGGGCUUGGCCCUUGUGCAUGCUAUGCCGGGGUGGGCCUGACGGGCAGCUGAGGACUGCAGAGCCUGUCUGCCUUAUAGCCAGCCGGACGUCCUGCCACAUUCACAGGACAUCAGCUCAGAGCACGUCUCACCAUGAGCAAGUGCCGGCCAGAUCCAAGUCCACGUCCCCGCGUGUGGGCAGAGGCCCUACUCUCCGCCAAAUGUCUACACAGUAUACACAGGACAUCGUCGCUGCCGCCACCGUGACUGGUUUUCUGUCCCCAAGAACGUGACGUUCGUGACGUCCUGCCUGCCGGGAGUCCUUCCCCACGCCCCAGCCUCAGCUGCCUGCCUCCAGGAGACCAGGCAGGCCUAAGCAAGCUGGAGGCGGAAGAGGGCACCGGUCCACCCCCUUGCUGGCACUGACUUUGCCUUGAACAGAUCCCAACCCUCCCCUCCCCCCACAAGCCUUUAAUCGAGAGCCGCUCUCUGUAAGUGUUCGCUUGUGCAAAAGGGAAUAGUGCCGUGGAGGUGUGCGUGUGUCCAUGGCAAUCCAGAGCGAGGUGACUGUCACGCGUGUGGGCCGGCCUCGCCUGGUGAGUGAGGCCACCAACCAAAGUCAGUUCCUUCCCACCUGUGUUUCUGGUUUUUUUUUUUUCUAUAUAUAUAUAUUUUUUUUGUUGGAUUCUAUUUUAUUUUUAAUUCUCUCUUCUCCUCCAAACAUAAUGGCACUGCUUACUACUAAAGGGUGUGAUUCUCUCCUCACUGGGCAGCAGCUGCUACCGCGCUGUGGGUAGUGUAUGACCGUGGCUGUACUAUAUAGUGAAACAUAGUUGGCAUAUCUUUGUUUCAAGUUUGUUGGUGACCCCACCAUCAUGAUAUGAAAAACUCAACCCCCCCCACACACACACAAAAACAAAACAAAAAAACUGUAUUUUACUCAGUUCCAAACUUUAUUAGUCUGUUUUUAAUUGUUAAACCAGAAAGCUGUGUUUUCUUUUCCCUUCCCAACCCCUUUUGUUGGCUUGUUUUUUAACGUCAAAUCUGUUUGAGUUUUUUUACCAGAAAAGGAAGGGGUGGGCCAGGGUACAAGGCGGGUCCAGGGCCACAGACUGAGGCAGGGGGUCCCAGCCUAGUGCCUGCCCACCCAGUCAGCUGCCACUUCCCCCACUUUUUUUUAAAUUUUAUUUUAUUUUAUAAUUGGAGCCCUUGGUGAGGUUACGCGUGCCAUGAGAACCCACUCUCCACCACAACGCUGGUGCCUCAGUGUUGGCCAAACUCGAGUCAGUGACUGGUUUGACUUUCAUAUGGUGAAUAUGCAUUUGGUCUGUACUGAUCAUGGAAUAAACACAUCUCUCUUUUUUAAUGCUGACGUCUCCCUGACAUUUCUUUGAACUACCUGUUGUCUAGGCUAGGCCCAGGAGUCUGUGGACCUCAGACCAUGUCUGUAUAAGAACUCCUGCAAGGGGCCACCUGGCCCAUCUCCUGUGGUCUGUCCCUGCCAUCCCAAGCUGAAUGGGAGCCCAGGUACCCAAUCUUACCCCCUGGGCAGGUGACAUGCUCCAGCAGAACCUGGCUAGAUUCCAAACAGUAUUCUUCUCCUUCACCCUCCAUCCUUGUCCCCCACUCACCAAGGGGACUUGGACCACUCUCCGACCUUGCCUGCCUCUACCUAACUCCUUUCAUUUAAGCUCAGGGUUAACCAGAUAUUCUUAGAUAAGUGUACAUCCUCCCAACUAGGGUCCUCCCUCACACGCACACAGAUGUGCACGCACACAUUCCUGCCAGAGAGAGUCCACCAGGUGGCCACCCUGCCUGUGUGCCCACAAGGCAAGCUCAGUCCACAGGAGCAGCCCCUAAGAUGUAAGAUGAAAGUUUAUCAUUUAUAUAUAUGCAGAGACACAAACUAAUUCAAACAUUUCUAGCACUGUUUAACCCAUAACCCCCUAUUUUAACUAGAAAGACACAGUGUGUUGUGUUUGGGAUCUCCCAGACCCGAGUGAGGGUGCAGUUUGGGCAUCCAGCCAGAGCCCAACCACUGCCACCUCCACCACCCUCGGAGCCCCUGCUCCCACCCUCCAGGCACUUCUCAAACCACUGUGCUCGACCAAAUAUGACUUACAUUUUGGUUCUUUGAGGUUUCUUCCAUCUCAUCCCACACCCUUGUUUUUGUUCCAUGUUUUGUUCCAAAACUUGCCCAGGCCAGGUCCGACUAUUUAGCUGGAGAAAUGUUUUGUCUUCACCUUCCUCCUAGAGUGAACUCUGCCAUGGCCCUCUCCACACCUCCCUCAUAGGUGUUUCUCUAACUGGGUUGUAAUUAGAACUUGAAUCUAUUUAAUUUCUCUGGCCAUUUCCCAAUUCCUCCCACAGUACUAGAAAUCUUCGUCCUAUACAAGAGUGAGAGGUGUGUACAAGCCCCCACUGUACUGUAUGCACGGAUCGCUUGGCCAAUAAUUAUGUCAGUGAAUCUGAGACUUGUAUUAAACACUUUAGACAUUUGUAGAAGGGAAUUCGUAGACUUUUCACUUAUAUACUAAAGGUUUUUUUUUUUUGUGCAGUUCUCAUUGCAAAAAUAAACAUUUGUACUGAAUAUAAAA